AUGAUUGACGAGGAAACCCCCUUAAUUCAGCAGGCGCCAGAACCGUAUGAUGCACCACUUCCGGAAAUCAGCAGUACUAGGCCAGAAAGAAGGCGGCUGCGGCAUCCCCGUAUAAUUGGCUUGGUGUGUGUCCUGUUGCUUCUUACUGCAAUUGGUGGGUAUAAGCUGAUAAAGAGCACGGGACAGGCAUUUCUCGACGCCGCCAAAUUUGAUCUUGGCAAUGUGCGGGUGGGAAAUGUGACCGAUGGUGGGUUUGAGGUUGUUGUUCGGGGAAAUUUGGAGUUCGAUUAUGAUCAAGUUAGUUCGUACUAUCGAAAUUGGGCCCGGCUAUUAAGCGGGCUAAAUACCGUCCAAGUGUCACCUGACGGUCCCUAUGAUAUGAAUGUGUGCAUGCAAAAGGAAAGUCUCUCUAUUGCUAGCGUGGGUUUGGUGGAGCCAUUGACAGUGAAGCUGAAACAACCGCAGACUAUUGAAGUAAUAGCAUAUAUUAAACCUACAAAGGAGAUGGCGCGGCUGGUCAAUCGAAUCAGUCGCACGCCCCAGGAAGUGGUCUUCAGCUGCUCCAUUGCGUGCGGUAUGAGGGUAUAUGGCCAUUCAGUGGGACAGCACACGGUUUCUGGAGCUUUGCCGCUAGAGCUGAACGGGAGCCGUAUAGUUCAACGCGUGAUGAAAGAUGCGGUUCUGGAAAAUCUGGAGAUAAAUGCCGACGGCAGAACCGUUGUUGGCUCUGCAGCUGUGAGACUAUCAAGCGCGGGUUUGGUGGACUACACAGCGGAUGCCAUGAGCUGGGAGGUGCUCAUGUCAGGUUGCAGCAAAGUUUGUUCAGUUGCUACCGUUAGCACAGGCAAGUUUGGUUUUCACGAUCCAACUUUGAUACCCACAAAAUUUACCAUUCCUCCCCUGGAUGAGGACCUGCUGCUGGAUUGCGGAGACGGCUCUACAAUCAGCAAAUUGCUAACGAACUUAUCAUGCAACCAUGAGGUCCCGAUAAUUGUCAGGGCAAACCCGCUGAGCACGCAACCUCGAUGGAUGCGGGACAUUUUCAGCGGUCUUGAAGUUCACGCUGCGCUGGCUAUUGGACAAAUCGAAGAUUUUGGCGGCGGGAUCGAAGCUGUGGACAUUGAGUAUCUCGGGGUGCGCGCACACGGAGAUGCGUUGUUGGUGUCGUCGGACGUUUCGAUCAAGUACAACGUUUCGGAGGGCAUUGAUGUGUCGGAUAUUGACAUACCGUUUGUGAAGGGAAAGGUACACUGCGGCCCAAACAUAACGACUCUGGAGAUGAAAACUUGGCAAUCCUCGAAAUUGCGCUGCAAAAAACAAACCAUCGGUGUAUCGCUUGACGAUGCACUGCUCAAGCCUGAAAAUUCGAGCCUCAUCAAAGACUUGGUUCAAAAUCUCGCCACAGGCACCGCCGUCAAAGUGUCAAUUAGCCCGUUGCUGGAUAUCCAGGUUGUUUCGGAGUUUAUGACGACGACAAUCACAGGUCUAAGUACAGAACUGGAGUAUUCUGUGCCUGCUGUUCCGAACGACCGGCUCUUCAAGAGUCUCGACGUCCGUCUUAACGAGCUUGUGCUGCUUGAAGCCUCUGCUAAUCACUGCGCCAUGGUGAUCAACGCGGCUGUUUCCAGCAGCCUGAACCUUGAUAGCACCCUCGAAGGACUCAAGUUCGACCUUCAGUACAACGGAUCAACAGUUGGCCGGAUAGAACCGGGCCCGGUGCACUUAACUCCCGAAAACUACAGCAAUACCAGUGCCAAGCUCAUCAUGCAACUCGGCACGGAUAUCGAUAAGUCUCGGCUCGAGCGCAUGCUGGGCACUUAUCUGUCGGGGCUGUAUCCGGUGAUUGAGGUUAUCGGCCGUCACGAUUCGCAACUGGCCGCCUUUGUGGCCGGCAUCCAGGUCCCCAUGCGGCUACCCCAGAUUUCGCGACAAGAAAAUAUUUUGCACCCCGUGGCGCACGAGAGUAUUUUUCUUGUCGACUCGACAAUGCAUAUUAUGUCAUCGGAAAUCGAGCUGACGGUGUUCAACCCAGUCGCGAACAGCGAGGUGGUGGUGGACCUCAUCGAAGCGCAGGCGAGCCACGAUAAGACCAUCCUGGGUUACAUAAGCAAGGAGCAAAGAAUAGUGGUGCCACCGGGACUGUACAGGACACCCCGGAUCCCGGUGACGUAUGCGACGAGCGGGAUAGGGGCCGACAUUCUACGCAAGGCGCUGAACGGCCAGCUGGAGAUCGACACGUCGGCCGUGAUGCGCGUCCAUCUUGGCGCGUUUGCCGUCGAGCUGCUGUACUCGGGGUCCGGCACUUCGACCAAGAUCCGUCUGUAG